UCACAGCUCCUGCCUUUCACGACGAAUAAGGUGUAGCUUAAAAUGCCAGUGUGAAGGCAUUCUUCCACUAAAACUAUUAAAAUACGUGUUGCUUUUGUCAGACAUACAAAAAGAUGCUUGCACUUAAUGCUGCCAGCUCCUUGCAUCCUCUCCUCCUGGUUACUGAUCCUCUUCUCUCUGGGUGAAGAGCUGGGAGCCUGAAGUGGGACGGACAAACAGGGCGACUCUGGCCCCGUCCCGUUCUCCACUUUAAUAAACCCUCCGAUUACGCAGGAGUAAAAGUCCAGGUGGAGUCGUUCAGCGCUCACAAACACACCCGCUGGUCCAAACUGCUUUUCAAUGAAACUGUAAGGAUUCGGGGGGAAAUUGCGCAAGAAAUUCUUUCUUCUAACGCCUGGAGGAUUAUUUUUCCUUCACAGGUUGGAAGGUUAUACAAGGACAUCUAGCUGACCUGCUGACCAGCGCAUCAUCCAUCAUGAUCAGAGUAUUACUCACUGCCAUUUGCUUCGCGCUCCUCCUGCCUUGUGGCUGCUGGGCAAAGCCUAACGGAUCAAAGAACAAGAAACCAAAGCAAGUUGUUCCAGACAUAGAGUGCGAUGUCAGAGCAGGAAAGAUCAACCUCCCAGAGUUCAUAGUCAAAUGUCCUGCACAUUGUAAGGAGACGAAGCAGAAAGUCUAUGGGACGGACGUGUUCGCGUCCAUCUCCAGCAUCUGCAACGCAGCCAUCCACAGUGGCGUCAUCACUGACACAGGAGGAAAGGUGAUAGUGAGGAAGAUGGCCGGGCAAGACACCUACAAAGGCAGCAAUUCCAACGGGGUGCGCUCUCUGUCUUUGCCUAAGUGGAGGGAGUCAUUUGUUGUCUCAGUGGGAAAGCCCAAGAAAGGAGUGAUCUACCCAUCUACUCUGGACUAUGUCCCGUCAAGACCAACCUAUGUGAAGACAAGUCAGAUGGAGGACAAAUACACUGCGGUCACCACAGUGCUGCCAGUGACAACAGCACCCACCACAACUACAACUCCUGAACCCACUACCACCACCACUACCCCGGCUCCUACAACCACUACACCUCUGCCACCACCCACCACUGCCAAGGCUCGAACUGCUGCGCAUAAAGUCAGGGCUGCAGGCAGCAGUCACCCGUACCUUGCCUCUGUGGCAGCCGCGAGUUCAAGACAGUCCCAUAAUGGUCAAGGAAAGAUUCCCAGCCAAGUAUUCCGAGGAGCUUCCUAUCCCAGUCGAUUCCCACUGCGUGCCAACGCAGGUCUGCGCAGACCAGACGCAGGGUCAGCUAGCAGGAGACAACCAUCCUCUCCAGUUGGCCCAGUUUUUAACAGGGUUCAGCCAGCCGCACCCGAGCGGACUCAGACCAUGAGCCAGUCCAACCCUGCUUUACCCAGACGGGAUUGGACACCCCCCUCCUAUCCUCAUCCUGAUUGGUUCCCAGGAGGGAGACAACCAGCAGAUGUUAGUUAUGCAGUUCCAGACUCAGGAUACACAUGGAGUGAGAGAGACACACCUGAGAUUACAGCAUCGCGGUCCACUGACUCAGAUGGCAAUCACAGGAUGCCACUGGAUACAACCCAUACUAGAGUGGAACCAGUGGAUGGCUGGAAGGCAGACAUAAGCCUGUAUGAAUCAGGCUUCAGCUUGGGGGAGCAGGAACCUGUACCCAGAACACCCGAGCCUGUGUUACAGGGAGAUCAGAAUUGUAAGGUGGACCUGGCCUUCCUGAUGGAUGGGAGCUGGAGCAUUGGGAAGCGACGCUUUAAGAUCCAGAAGGAGUUCCUAGCUGAGGUAGCUCAGGCCAUCAGCGUGGGUGUGGCUGGGCCCAUGAUGGGCAUCAUUCAAUACGGGGAUGACCCUGUGACAGAGAUCAAUCUGAAGACUUACUCCAACUCCAGAGAGGUGAAGUCAGCCAUAGAUAAGAUUGUGCAGAAGGGGGGCCUCUCCAAUGUGGGAAAGGCCCUCUACUACAUCAACAAGCACUAUUUCAGCGAUGCCAAUGGAAACCGAGGAGGAGCGCCCAAUGUGGCUGUGGUGCUAGUGGAUGGCUGGCCCACAGACAAGGUGGAGGAAGCAUCUCGCCUCGCUCGGGAGUCUGGCAUCAACAUAUUCUUCGUCACCAUUGAGGGCCCUGAUGACAAUGAGAAGCAGAACCUGGUUGAGGCCAACUUCGUUGACAAGGCUGUGUGUCGGACAAACGGCUUCUUCUCCCUGCCUGUUGCAAGCUGGUUUGCCCUGAGGAAGGCUGUGCAGCCACUGGUGAAGAGAGUAUGUGACACAGACCGCCUGGUGUGCAGCAAAACAUGCCUCAAUGCCAAUGACAUCGCCUUUGUCAUUGACGGUUCCAGCAGCGUAGGAACUGGCAACUUCCGCACGGUGCUUCAGUUUGUGGCCAACAUCACGCGGGAGUUUGAGAUCUCUGACACAGACACACGGGUCGGAGCUGUACAGUACACCUAUGAGCAGAGGCUGGAGUUUGCCUUUGGCCAGUACAACAAUAAGGCCGAGCUCCUGAAUGCCAUCAAACACAUCAACUACUGGAGCGGUGGUACCAGCACUGGUGCCGCCAUCACCUACGCUGCGGAGCAGCUUUUCAGCAAGUCCAAACCCAACAAACGCAAGAUCAUGAUUGUCAUUACAGAUGGGCGCUCCUAUGAUGAUGUCAGGGCACCCGCACUGGCUGUCCAUCGUCAAGGUGUAAUCGCCUACUCCAUUGGCAUCGCCUGGGCAGCCCCAGAUGAGCUGGAGUACAUCGCCACAGACCCUGACAAAGAGCACUCCUUCUUUGUGGAUGAGUUUGACAACCUCUACAAAUUUGUGCCCAAGAUCAUCCACAACAUCUGCCAGGAGUUCAACUCCCAGCCCAGGAACUGAGGCUGAACAGGUGGAGAGAAGGGUGAGAGAGGGACACUGAUAGUACAUUUACUCACUGUGUCACCCAGACGGUGGUGCUGGAUUGGCUGCAGUAUUUGGUCCCAGAUAUACAGAUGGUGGUAAAGGGUUUGCAUACAGUGAUAUUUGGGCACUUCAUAUAUACUGUGGCGCCAGGUAUUCUUUGUUGGUGCCAUAAAGUAUUCCUAAUCAUUAAAAAUAUGUUCUAAUAAGUCAGCCAGUAUGAUGGGUUUAUGAGCUGUAAAUAAGAGCUGCUUUUUUAAAAUAAACAAUUUACUAAUGCUUUGUAGAUCAAUUAUCAACCAUUAAUGAGAACAACAUUUGGGUUGCCAGGCUCUGAAAUAUCCCUGCCUUUGUAGAUUUUUAGUUUGUGCAAACCACUCUAAUUCACUGUUUGACUUCCCACCAUCUGGAAAAGUGCUUCAGAACAUCUGGAAUAAAAUUCAUUCAUUAGCAACUUCUUGGUGUUUAGUAACUGCAGAUUUAAUGGGUGGAAUUUGUACCUACAGCACAAGCUUUUAAAAGCUGGGGGAGCCAAAGGGAGUUCUCACUACUCGGCAACUGAGAAGUUGUUCUUAGCUUAGUUUAGUUUCAGUCUUUAAAACAAACAAACAUAAAAUAAAACAGCCAUGUUCAACCAUAUUCAGACCAUGUACAUUUUCAUGUGCAAAAUAUAUUUGCCAACUAUAACUAGUGUUAUCUUCAGAACAUGGUAUUGACUGAAAAGGUGUAGGCCAGUGCUUAUUGUGCCUACUCUUGCCACAUUUAAACAUCCUGCCAUAAUACAAUAAAUCCCUGUAGCUUCAGUAAAGCAUUAGUAAAUCAUUUAUUAACAUUAAUAAAGCAGCUACAGUACUGCAAGUACAGCUUUUUAAACCUUUAUAAAGGCUGCCUUACUGACAAGUGGUACAAAAUGAGUCAUACUUAUAAAGCUACCUUAAUGGGAUACGGUGCUUGCAGAGAAUUGUAGAUUCAAAGCAUGCCUAGCACUUACUCAUAUGGCUUAACAUACUUUAUAUAAACUUAAUAAAAUGGUGCUUGUUAUACAGUUCUCUGUAAAGAGGAUAUCCUUUCUCAGAAUUGGUGCAUUUUGAUCUUCCUAAUAGGAGAGAUUUGUUAGCAGGGACAUUGUUAAAGUUCCUCCAAAAGAUUAUGAAGCAGACGAUAGCUGAUGAUGUGGAGUGGUAGUCGAAAUGAGGCAUAUGUGCAACCAGUAAGUGGAUGUGAAAGCAGAAAAAAUCAUUUCAUCAGUUUUCUCCAAGUGUGGUUGCUUCUAACUUUGCAGGCAUUUCUCAGUUUUGUUUAAAGAGUAUUUAUGUCUUUUUUCCCUGUUAUAUCCUGUUUGUACAUAUGCAUAUUAAAGGCAUUUUGCUAAUGUUUAGAUAA